AUGCCUGGCUCAGAGAAGAUCAAGCGGGUUUUCCAAACCGCCUGCAAGAAGCUCGACAAGGUAGUCGGCAACACACCAUCAGUCUCCACUACCUGUCCGACCUGCUACGCUCGCUACUGCUCCCAGAACUCCAAAAUCGCUUUGGUGGAGGGCGCGAAGCAGAUCUGCGCCGACUGCAUCGAGGAGAUGGAGUGCCAACUCCACGAUGAGCUGAAGCGGUGUUGGAAGGAGAAAGACUGGUCGGAGUACAAGUACUACGCGAAGGUGAAGACGCCCAAGUGUAGGAGGGUUGCUCUUGAGAACUUGUAUCGCGAGGUGGAGCAGGACAUGUUGGGGCGCUCGGACUAA